AUGGCGCCUUCAAAGUGGGAUGAAGAGGAGGAUAGCGUUUCGCCUCCCCCUCCCGUUGCCCGCCGCAGAUUCGACGAUGAGGAAGACGAAGAUGUCCUCGACUCCUGGGACGCCGCCGAAGACUCCGAGGUAGAGCGCGAGAAGGCCAAGAAGGCCGAAGAGGCCCUCGCAAAGGCCAAGGCCGCCGCCGCUGCCAACAAGAAGACCAAGGCCCAGCGGAUAGAGGAGCACCGCGACCAGCGUCGGCGCGAGGCCGAGGAGGACAGCGAUUUCGACGAGGACGAGACCGAGGCCGAGCGCCGUGAUCGCCUGCGCCGCACCGAGAAGGACGCCGACCUCCAGCACGCCUCGGAUCUUUUCGCCGACAUCGACAUGAACCGUAACCGCGGUGCCCCCAAGGCCGUCGUCAUCACCGACAGCGCCAACCCUACCAACUCGAUCGAUCUCUCCUCGAUGCCGCUGUUCAAGCCUACCACCAAGGACCAGUUCGCCCGUCUGACCGACGUUCUUAUCCCCCUGCUCGCCCCGCAGUCCAAGAAGCCUCACUACGCUCUCUGGGCGCAGGACUUUGCUCGCAAGCUGGUCAAGGAGUUACCUAGCCAGGAUAUCAAGAAGAUUGCCAGUGCUCUGACCACUGCUAGCAACGAGAAGAUGCGUGAGGAGCGUGCUGCUGAUAAGGGCAACAAGAAGACCAAGGCUGCUAAGACUAAGGUCUCCCUCGUUUCCAACCGUGAUAACCAGAUCGAUAACACCUCCUAUGGUGAUGAUGACGGUCUCGGCGAUGAUGACUUCAUGUAA